AUGUGGUUGGCCACUCAAACCAGGCCGGACAUCGCGAAUGCAGUACGAGCAGCGCGGUAUUGCGCGUCUCCCAAGAUGGUGCACUGGAAGGCAGCACUCGGUAUUUUAGGGUACGUGCGUAGGACGAGUUGGAUGGGGAUUACGUUUGAGAGGGGCGUCGUGACAGGUAUGAGCAUGCAGGUGUUUGUGGAUGCCGACUAUGCAAGCAAGGCGGCAGACCGUAGGUCGGUCUCAGGAGGACUAGUGAUGUGUGGGGGUGGGUGUGUGACUUGGUUUUCGAGGACGCAGAAGUGCGUCACGCUCUCCACAACGGAAGCAGAGUAUGUGGCAAUUGCCGACGUCUUGAAGGAAGUGCUUUUCUUGAGGCAGGUUUGGCGUUUUAUGUUGCCAGAUGCAGCUGCUGAAUGUGCUCUUGUUCUUAUCUGUAGCAGCAAUGGUACACAACGGUUGGCACGGUGGUUUCACGAGCUUCUCAACACCAAGUCGCCGACCAUCAACCUGCAUGCGGCUAAUAAGGUCAAGCGGUGGCCCACGUACGUGCCGCUCGACGACAUUCCAUCUCUACUUGAGGUCGAGGAAGUGGUACGGGAAAUGGCCAACAGAAAGGCCGUCGGGCCGGACGACCUCACGGCUGAGCUGAUCAAGCUUUUCCUGGACGGAGAUCAAGGCUGCGAGGAAACCAUCGAGGCCACCGUGCGCAAACGGAGACUGUGUUUCGCGGGCUUUGUUAUGCGCAUGGAGGACAGCCGCCUCCCCAAGCGCAUGCUGUUAGGAGCGAUGGCGGGGGGCGUGGGAUACCGGGGCGGGCAGGAGAGCGACUGGGUGUCUCGUCUAGGAGAGGACCUCGUGGCCUUCAACAUGGGAGACGAAAAGGAAGGGGGUAAAUGGAAAGAGAGCGCCAAGGACCCGGAGGUGUGGUACAACAAGGUCAAGGACGGGGCGGCACGGUUCAUGAGGAAAUGGCACAGGCAGGAGGCGGAAGUGUUUUCUUUUUCCGAGUGGGGGUAA